AUGUACUUCAAGAGGUUAGUAAUUUUCUGUGUCCUCUUUAUGGACGUUCACUCUUCUUUAACAACUGACUACUACUCAAAUCUAAUCACUGAAAGAAAUGCUGAAGCUUUUGUUUACCAACUUCCUGAAAGCAAUGCUGAAUUUCAACCCGGACUUGAUUCAAAUAAAACUACUGAUUUAGGGCAUUAUGACUUUAUUAUAGUAGGAGCUGGGUCAUCUGGUAGUGUUUUAGCAACAAGACUGACAGAAAUAAACGACUGGAAGAUUCUCUUGCUGGAAGCAGGAGGUGAAGAAGAUGAUUUUAGUAACAUACCUGCAGAAUUGAUGUUUCUACAACUCAGUGAUAUGAAUUGGGGGUACUACAGUACGCCUCAAAAAAAUUGUUGUUUAGGAAUGAAAGAUCAGAAAUGUAUGAUUCCUCGAGGCAAGUCCAUAGGAGGCAGCAGUGCCCUGAAUGCUGUGCUCUAUGUUAGAGGAAAUUCUCAAGAUUAUGACCAAUGGGAAGCUUUAGGUAACCCUGGCUGGUCAUACAAAGACGUGCUUCCUUAUUUCAUCAAAUCGGAAAAUUCGCAAAUUGACGGCGAUCCUGGCUAUCACGGAAUCGGAGGAUUUUGGAACGUUGAAUAUUCAUUUCCAGCUUCAGAUCUUUAUGAAAAUUUUAUUGCUGCGUGUGAUGAAUUAAAUAUGACACGUCUUGAUUAUAACGGAAAAGGGCAAAUUGGUACUGAUAAAUCUCAAAUUAAUAUUAAACACGGAAAGAGACAAAGUUUGGGUACAGCUUUCUUGGACAAUGCCCGAAAACGGAAGAAUAUCCAUGUCAUAACUAACGCUUUAGUAACCAAAGUUGCAAUAGAUCUGGGAAGUAAAGAAGCACAAGGAGUUGAAUUUGUCACCAAAGAAGAAAAAUUUUCAGUAAGGGUUGACAAAGAAGUCAUACUUUCAGCAGGAGCUAUAAAUUCGCCUCAAAUUUUAAUGUUGUCAGGGAUAGGUCCGAAAAAACAUUUAGAAGAGUUGGGUAUUGAAGUAAUUGCAGAUUUACCAGUUGGUGAAAACUUACUCGACCAUCCCCUUUUUCCCGGUCUAGUUAUACAAACAAAUUAUACUCUUCCUGGUACUACAAUGGAGAUAUUACUUGAACAAUAUUUGAACGGACUAGGUCCGUUGACCAGUCCGGCCCAUGUGGACAGCAUCGGCUUCAUUCACACUGGAGCCGGUCCUGCAGAUCUCCCCACAGUCGAAUAUUUAUUUAUUCCUCCCGGUGGCUCAACCCUACCAAUUUUAAACCGAGUUUACAAUUACGACGACAACCUCGUCUACAACUUCUUGAGCAGAAUCAACUCACGAAGCGACAUUACGGUAUAUUUGGCCCUCUUGCAUCAAAAAUCCAAAGGGAGAAUCACUUUACAAUCAACGAAUCCCGUCGACUUUCCUCUCAUCGACUUGAACAUGUUUGCAGAACCCGAAGACGUUGAUAAUUUAAUUGAAGGAAUCGAGUUCGUUAUAAAUUUAACAAAAACUGAAGCUUUCAAAAAAAUCAAUGCCAAUCUUCUUAAUGUACCGAUUUGUACGGAGUUUACCAAGUAUUCGAAACAAUAUUGGGAGUGUAUGAUUCGUCAAAUGACACAAACCAUCUAUCAUCCCUGUGGCACAACAGCAAUGGGGCCGAAUAAAACUACUUCCGUGGUCGAUAAUAAUCUUAAAGUUCAUGGAAUUGGGAAGUUAAGGAUUGUUGAUGCGGGAGUUUUCCCAACCACGAUUUCGGGCCACACGAAUGCGCCGGCGGUCAUGGUCGCAGAGAAAAUUGCCGAUGCAAUUAAAGAUGAGUACGGAUAUGGAAAUAACUAAAAAAUCUUGUUAUUUUAGUUUUAUUUAGUGAGUAAUAAAUUUCAUCUGCUAUCAAACUCUCUGCAUAAAAAUGUUAAUGCAGUUACUGUAAUAGCAAAUACACUAAAAAUCAAUUUAAAUUCACAAAUACAUAAAAUAUUCAAUUUAUGACAACAGUAAAUCCACGAUUAAACAUUAGGUAUUCUUAAUAAAUUAACAAUUGCUUAGUGUGUAUAUUAACAUUAGUAAUCUCGUUAGUAAUAGUCAGUUUUAUAAAAUUAGAAUGCAUUUCCUGUCAUUUGAGACAACAAUUCUCUUGUUCCACACUGGAACAAAUUAUGGCAAGUAUAGCUAAAUAAUAAAUGUUAUAAAAGACUCAUUAAAUCAUGACAGGAUAUUUACAUCAUUGCUCAUAUUUUUUUUUGGAAAUAUAUUUCCAUUUUCGAUAUUAUUAUACAGUCUGCUCCGGCUAAACCCCACAUUAGAAGUAUUAGGAGUUCUAACAGUGAUAUUUAUAUAAAAUUUUGUACUACAA